AUGGAAAGCCUUGAGGAGAUAUUAACUUGUAAAAUCUGUAUGGAGAGGAUUAAUGAUCAGGAAAGAAAGCCUCUAUUUCUACUAUGUGGUCAUACAUUCUGCCAGAAAUGCCUGAGAUUUGUCUACAAAAAGCCUUUAAUAUCCUGUCCCUUAGACAAGACUGUGCAUCGAUUUGAAUCAUUUGAUAAGAUUCCCACGAACUUUUCUGUUCUGAAUGCCAUCCACUCAACUCAGCAGAAUUCACAGUUAAACUCUUUUAUUAGGAAUGAGAAAAAAUGUGACAAACAUUAGAGAGAGGCAUUGAAAUUUUAUUGCGUGACGCAUGAUGCUGUAAUAUGCUAGGAAUGCCUACUAAAUGAGCAUCUAGGGCAAGGACAUGAGAUUAUUUCUGCCGAAAAAAUCCUUAGAAAAGAGGUAUUAAAGAAAGAUAUAGAUCAAUGCCAGGAAAAACUUGAACAGUAGUCGUAACUCAUUGAUUAGGUCUAAGGCUAUCUGCUUUAAUCAAUACAGGAACAAAAGGAAAACAUGGAUAAUUGUAUUAGAGCUCUCAUUUGUGAAAUAGAAAUUCAACUUGAGUAGUGCUAGAAGAAUUAUGACCAAGCAGUUGUUGAUGUAAAGGAAAAAGUUUUGAAUGAGUUGAGUAUGCUAGCUAAAUACAAGGAACAAGUAUCUUAAAUCAAGGUCAAGAUAGAUGACUGUGAGGAGAAUUCUGGGAAUUUCAUUGAAGAUGCAAACUAAAUAAUCAAUGAUGUCAUAAACUAUUAAGUUACCUUAAAAUCUGAUGAAAUGGAAAUUGAUGACUGCAUCUAUUUAGACAAGCAGUUGUCAAAGCAUAUCUUUUUGGAUUCUAGAAACAAUCCAGAUCCUUAACUCAAAUAGUUGCUAAUGACUUUCAAGUCUAGAGAAAUCAUAAACCAGGAAAUUUUUGAGUUGAUGAUUAAAAUUGACAGGAAAAACUUUGUCAAGGAAGAGAAUACUCAUCUGGCCUAUUAGGAUAUUCCUAGGUCAAUAGGUUGGGGAACAACAAUCUCAGCACCCCAUAUGCAUGCUAUGACUUUGCAAAAACUUCAUCGACACUUCCUUCAGGGUGGAAAAGCCUUGGACAUCGGUACUGGAUCAGGUUAUGUGGCUGCUUGCUUUGCUGAGGCUAUGGGAAAGGACUGCAAAGUCUAUAUGUUGGAUCAUAUUCAAGAAGUAAUAGAUUUCGCCGUUAAAAAUAUCAAGAAGGCUAACCCAUAUCUUAUAAAGCAAAAGAGGAUCAUUGCAAUUUGCUAAGAUGGUAGAAAGGGUUAUCCUGAAGAAGGUCCAUAUGAUAUCAUUCAUGUUGGAGGAGCCAUUGAGGAAGUGAGCUAGAUUCUUUUGGAUUAGUUGAAGCCAGGUGGUGUGAUUUGGGCACCAGUUGGUGGAUCAUUUACUUAAGACAUUUGCGUCAUUAACAAGAGUUUGGACGGUUCGAUCACCACAAGCAAAAUCAUGGAAGUUAGAUAUGGUAGCUUAACAUCGAUUGAUAAUUAACUCAGUGAUUUCUGA